GGAUCGGAGUGUUGGUAGCAACGCCGGUGGUCUCUGCCGUAGUACCGCCAAGACCAGUUGUGCCAGAAAUGUAUGUGGACGCCGGAGGAGUACUAGUGAUCGUCGUCACAACAACACUGGAGGUGUAGGAAAUGGUCACAGAGGUUGGUGCAGACGUCGGGGCAGUUGUCUCACCGGGGAUGGAGACAGAUGUGGCGACAGAUGUGGCGACAGAUGUCGAAGCGGACGUCUCAACGGAAAUGGGAACGGAGGUGGCGCCAGACGUCGGGGCGGACGUCUCAACAGAAAUGGAGACGGAGGUGGCGCCAGACGUCGGGGCGGACGUCUCAACGGAGAUGGAAGCAGAGGUUGUAGCGGUCACAUUGCUGCUUGGGUAGGGAGCGCCACUGCUACCAGAGCUGACCUUAGCAGUGGUAGUCUCGCAAGGCACCACAGUCGUGAAAGUACUAGUCUCAGUGACUGGUGGGGGAGAUGAGACGCUGACAGUACAAGGGCAGGGCAGCGUGAUAGUGGUCUCCGAGGUCACAGUGUACGUUGUGUUCAGAUAAGCCCAAGUUGUGGGAG